UUCCAUCUGUCACACACUCUGUCAUUGGGCAGGACACUGACAUCAAUUCAUGAUAAUAACAUUAACUUAAUCUACGCAAGGUCACAAGCAAAGCUGUCACUUAAAAGCAGAAGGCAUGGGCUCGGGAGAGAGUACAACCAGAAAAGUGUCCUUCGGUGUGGAUGAUGAGGACAGAGUCAGGAUUCUCCGUGGGGUGAAGCUGUCAGAAGACGUUCUCCAGAGGAUGAGAGGAGUUGCCAACAUUGCUCCAGAACGCACACCUUCAUCUACCUCAAGCCCUCAGAAAGACACAGGUGCUUCUCACAGCAGCAACUCAAGCCCUCGACCCCAGCAGAGCCCACAGUCCCGGGCCCAGCCAAGUAACCAGUCCAGCAGUAGCAAACCAGCCUCCUACGCUAAGGAAGAACAGAGAAGGUUUGAACGGCAGCAGACAAUACUGAAGGAGGAACUGGCCAAGGUGGCACAAAGGGAGAAGGAGGAGAUGACUAAAGCCAAGGUCCGGGAAAGACAGCACUUGCGGCAGGAAGCCCAGAACACCAAAAAAAUGUCUGCAGAUGAGAUAGAAGCGAUGGCUCAGCAGCUACAGAAGAAAGAUGCACAGCUGAAAGCGUUGGAUGCCUUCUACAAGGAGCAGCUGGCACAGCUGGAGAAGAGGAAUUUGGAAAGAUACGAACAAAGCAAGGAGGAAUUCCACCAAGCUGCCUCCAAGACGGAAGCAAACGUGAGGUCUCGCAACACAGACCCGGUGUGUUCUGGCCUGCAGGCUCAGAUUUUAUCUUGCUACAGGGAGAACAGAGACCAGACUCUAAGGUGUUCAGACCUGGCCAAAGAAUACAUGCAGUGUAUCAAUGCUGCAAAGAAGAACCUGCUUGUCAACCACGGAUGAAGAGAGGGAGGAAAGGGUAAAACUGUCAUUUGAUGAAAGCUUUUACUUUGGCACUAAGAGCGGCACUUGUCGCUUCCAUGUUUGAAUUAUGGGAAAGUUGAUUUGCUGUUGGCAUGCCUUGUUUUUAAAACUUUCGUAUGCUAUUUAUCUGCGGUAUUAUUCAGUGAAUUUGCUCUAUUAUUCUGCACUGCUACAUUCUACAGGGAAGCUUUUGAAAAGAAAUGAGUGUGCGUAAUAGAUUCAUGGUCUGAGUCAGUACACUUUCAAUUCAGUCAUUCACAAGAUAAGCAGGAAGCAUUUCUAAGAUUCGGGUUGUAAAGAUCAACUCAGGGUCAUUCCUCCACAUCUGAAUGUCACAUUCAGUUUACGUCCAAAUCUCUGCUUCCUUUGUUGGGAUGAAAAAUAAGAAAAGCAUUUCAGGUGUGAGAUGAAAUGAAGGCAUAGGGACCGUCCGUGAUCUUUGACUGAUAAAAGAAUUGAUUGAAUUUUAUUGCUUUUGAGUUUAUUGGUUUUGUAUUUUUUUAAGAACACAGGAAUAAGCUCAGGUAAUCCUGGCCAUGACUUAAAUCCAUCAGACCUGUGAUGUAUUGUAUGAUUUUAUUAAACCGUUCAUAUCCUCUGACA